UGGAGCCCAUAUUAUAUUUGUGGUGUUAAUAUUAUAUUUCCAAUGGUUGAAGCCGUGUCUCUGUCUCUACAUGUGGCUCUUGGUGUACCACAGUGAUGGUUUCUGUAGACCACAGAGCAUGUGCACGUGUGCAUUGAUACAGCUACAGCCUGGAGUCUUAGCAACCACACUGUGUAACUAUAUACCAAUAUCAUGACUAUAUAUGUACUGUGUACAGAAUGGUUCUCAUGCUUCACUGAGUAGCGAGGUGUUUCCUAGAGUAGCGAGGUGUGGGAGCAAUGAUUGUUUAAUUGUCAAUAAAUACUGCAUUUGUUUUUGUUUGUUUGUUGUCUGUCCCAGCUUUAAUUACAUCAACUAUAAAUAUUUACACUAGCUGCCUUAAAUACUUGUAGAAAUCAGUCUCCCCCACCCACACACCUUCCCUGGGGCAGUGUGGUCAUGUAUCUGGCCCACCCUUCCCUGGGGCAGUGUGUGUAUCUGGCCCACCCUUCCCUGGGGCAGUGUGGUCAUGUAUCUGGCCCACCCUUCCCUGGGGCAGUGUGUGUACCCACCCACACACCUUCCCUGGGGCAGUGUGGUCAUGUAUCUGGCCCACCCUUCCCUGGGGCAGUGUGUGUAUCUGGCCCACCCUUCCCUGGGGCAGUGUGGUCAUGUAUCUGGCCCACCCUUCCCUGGGGCAGUGUGUGUACCCACCCACACACCUUCCCUGGGGCAGUGUGUGUAUCUGGCCCACCCUUCCCUGGGGCAGUGUGGUCAUGUAUCUGGCCCACCCUUCCCUGGGGCAGUGUGUGUAUCUGGCCCACCCUUCCCUGGGGUAGUGUGUGUACCCACCCACACACCUUCCCUGGGGCAGUGUGUGUAUCUGGCCCACCCUUCCCUGGGGCAGUGUGUGUACCCACCCACACACCUUCCCUCAUGUAUCUGGCCCACCCUUCCCUGGGGCAGUGUGUGUACCCACCCACACACCUUCCCUGGGGCAGUGUGGUCAUGUAUCUGGCCCACCCUUCCCUGGGGCAGUGUGUGUACCCACCCACACACCUUCCCUGAGGCAGUGUGGUCAUGUAUCUGGCCCACCCUUCCCUGGGGUAGUGUGUGUACCCACCCACACACCUUCCCUGGGGCAGUGUGGUCAUGUAUCUGGCCCACCCUUCCCUGGGGCAGUGUGUGUACCCACCCACACACCUUCCCUGGGGCAGUGUGUGUAUCUGGCCCACCCUUCCCUGGGGCAGUGUGUGUACCCACCCACACACCUUCCCUGGGGCAGUGUGUGUACCCACCCACACACCUUCCCUGGGGCAGUGUAUGUACCCACCCACACGCCUUCCCUGGGGCAGUGUGUGUAUCUGGCCCACCCUUCCCUGGGGCAGUGUGUGUACCCACCCACACACCUUCCUGGUGUGUAUCUGGCCCACCCUUCCCUGGGGCAGUGUGGUCAUGUUCAUGUGUCAAUGGCUGUGCUUUCUCCUCUGAUUAGUAUCUGGUUGUAGAGUGGACAUCCUGUAACCUACUACUGUGGGUGGCAAACACUCUCUUUGUUGUGUACACAUGUUGCUCCAAGAGACAGUUUACACAAGGCUACUGUGUGGUAGAUUUGCCUAUAUUCCCUGUACUAGUCUACCAUAUAUCGACCUCUCCCUCCCUCC